CGGGAAGUGAUGCGCUCCGCCGGUUUCCGCCAGCGGCCCGGCCGCGGCCAUGGCGGGUUAUUUGACUCCGCGUUUCAGGAGGAUCCGCAGCCAGAGCGAGCUGCAGCCGCGGCGGGGGAGCGGGCGGCGCCGAGACUGCGAUGGUCCUUUUCAAGCAACUCAGCUGUGGAAUAGUAUUAUACAUGCCCUUCACAAUCAAGUGGAAAUCAAAAGACGUAGACAACACCUGAAAACAUAUAGAAACUGUUUCACUGGCUCCAAUGCUGUUGAUGUGGUACUGAGCCAUCUCAUGCAAAGCAUGUACCUAAGCUGCAGUGAUGUUUCUCGGCUCAAGGGGGUUCGUGUAUGCCAAGCACUGAUGGAUCACAAAGUGUUUGAGCCAGUUGGAGCCAAGCUUUACUUACUCAAAAAUGGGAAAGAAACAGAGUUUGAAGACAUGGACACUAGUCUCUACAGAUUUGUAAAUAGCAGUCUUGAGCCUCUUCUUCCAAUAAAGAAUAAGGACAAUGAAAGCUUAUCUCCUGAGCAAAUCUGCAAACAGAAGACAAAAAGAUGUUCCAACAGAACAAAGUGUGGCACAACACUUUCAAACCCCUUAGCAUUGGAGGCAGCUGAUAAAAAGAAAGUUGAGGAGCUUCUUCAAUCAAUAUAUGUUCAUGCAUCUUUACCUCCAAAGAUCAUGGUUAAUGAACCAACUCACCUGCUUUCAAAAGGAGUAAUAGAAGAUGUCUGGAAACAGCAAACUCUGCUACGACUGCUGCAGUUAAUUGAUGUUCCCCUUCUAGAAGAUAUCUUGGUGUCUUCAGUGAAAACAAAAUCAGACAGUUUUGGCAAAGAAGACAUGAUUAUCUCAAAUACUUUCCUGGACAGAGAGGUUACGUGUAGCUUAAACUUGUCCAAGCUUGAUAGAUGGCUCUAUGCUGCAAUUGAAUGCUUGGAGUAUUUUCCUGACCAAUUUCUGGUGAUGGUUAGUCAGCAGUUACCUCAAAGCAAUAACAACCCCAGCAGUCUGAAUACAUACAAGAAGAUUCUUUUUGAUGUUAUAAUUAAGUAUUACAGUCAAAAGAGGGACUCUCUUCUUGCCACUCAGGAUAUUGAUAUUCAUUCAGGAAUUAUAGAACUCAUAGAAAAAGGAAAAACAGGUCAAGCUCUAGAGGCAUUACAACUUUAUCUUAGAUUAUUAGCACCACAUAUUAGUGAAGAACUUCACAGGCUCCUUACAUUCCUAGCCAUUGCAUCAGAAUCUGAGAGCUACAGAUUGCAAAAACAAUUUGAGAACAGAUUUGUGAUCAUCAAGACUUGUACGAAGUUCAUCUUACAAAACAGGACACUGUCAAAACCACAGGCAGAACUGCUGACUCAGUUUCUCAUGGACAAUCACUCAGAGCUCUUCAAGACUCCUUUAACUCUUCUGGAACUAACAAGUAGGAGACUUGAGAGUUUGCUAGAAGGGCAAGAUCCAGAUAUCAAUUCAGGCUUCACCUUCUGUCAGCGCAUUACAACUAAAGAAUAUGAAGAUCAAAAGCAACAAACCAAUCAGUAUCUUCUAGAACUGAUUCAAGAGAUGGACAAUAACCCUACUGUUCCUGCGAAGCAAAAGAAGAAAUUAAUCAAAGAAUUCCAAAAAUACCAUUCUUUUGUCUACUGUAGUGGUUGUAAAACUAUAUGUGAAUUUUCUACUUCAAAUGUUUAGACUUCAAUACAGCCUUUUUAAAUCUUUUUUUAAAAGAGUAGAGGAGGCACAUGAAAUUUAUGCAUAAAAAAUGUUCUUUUCUUGCAUCUUUACAUCUUCAGUUUCAGGAAGCUACAACUAUCAAAAUUACUAUGCUGCUAAAAAGCAUUAAAUCUAAUUAAUCUUUUAAGCAAAACAUACUUAAUUACUUGUAAGUAAUAACAGCACACUGCUUGGGCUGCCUUGAGUUCAGGAUUUUGCACUUUUUUCCAUCUGUCCCACAACCCCAUGGCUUUCUGAGCCAUAUCUAUAUUCUGAGCCAUGCUUGGGUUGAUAAUCAGUAGGGGGUUUUAAUCUUUUCUAUCUUUAAUUAAUAAUAACUUAAUCUCAUCUUAAACUGUAGGUUAUGACUCCUGUGGGUAUUAUAAGUGUACAAAGUGUGUAAAAAUGUUGGAAUCAGGUCAGUGGGUUUUGACUCUUCAGCAGGAACGGUUUAUUAGGCAGGGGAGCUGUGCGUGCUUGCAGUCAGUAAUUACAGCCUGUUGUUACUGCCUCCUCACUCUGGCAGACUGAGCUGCUGCUAAUUCAAGUAACAAGUUUCAUUUUGAGGAAACUGGAGAAAUAAUUAUCUUGUUUUAGAUCUUAGUAUACUUAAGUAAUUUAUUUUAACAUGAGGAUAUUUUGAUAGUGUGCAGUUAUUUAUCAUAAAUACUUUGGUAAUGUUUAUGAAUUCAUAGGGCAAAGCUAGAAAGUAUAUUGGCCUGUCUUGACACAUUGAUGGUUAACUCUACAUCAACAAGGAUUUGUUGAUUCAAAUCAUUAAAUCAUGGAAUCAUAGAAUGGUUUGGGCUGAAAUGAAUCUUAAAGAUCAUGUAUUACCAAACCCCAUGCAGUGGGCAGGGACACUUUUCACUAGACCAGGUUGCUCACAGCCCCAUCCAACCUGGCCUUGAACACUUUCUGGGAUGGGGCAUCCACAACUUCUCUGGGCAACAUGUUCCAGUGCCUCACCAUCCUCACAGGGAAGAACUUUUUUCUAAUAUUGAAUCUAAACCUGUUCUCUUUCAGUUUGAAGCCUUUGUCUUGUCACUGCAUUAUGUAUGCCCUUUUGAAAAGUCUCUCUCCAGGUCUCUUUGUAGGCUGCCUUAAGAUACAGGAAGGCAACAAUUACAUCACCCCAAAGCCUUCUCUUUUUCAGGCUAAACAAACCCAAUUGUCUCAGCCUUUUUUUAUUAUAAAUUAAUAUGUGAUGUAGUGUGAUAGGGGUUACAUUGCUUCUUUCAUCCUUGCAACACACAUUUAGUCAUGUAUUGGACAAAGACUCAAAGACUUGGUAUUGGAAGUGUACUGGACUCUGCUCUAAGUCGUACCACUUGGGUUGGAGUUUAUUAGUGCAGGCUGCUCAAGGCCGUUUCCAGUUGAGUUUAGAGUAUCUCCAAAAACAGAUAUGCCACAGCCUCUUGGAUCAGUCUGGUCCAGACUUUCAUCAGUCUCACAGUAUUUAAAAACAAGCAAAUAAACCCUACCUCCAGACAAAAAAGAAAAAAAAAAACCC